AUUAUAUGCUUUGCUUAAGAUCGUCAAAUUUAUGUUCAUGACAAGAUAAGCAUUUUUGACAUUUAGCCUAAUUUAUGGAGCUCUGUAAAUUAAAUAGUUUUAUAAAUAAAUGCAAUAUUAGUCUGUGAACAUAUAUUACGAUUUUAUCAGGAUUUCAUCGGUGUGUACAAGAUGGCUGUAUAUUAUAUUAUUAUGUGACAGUUAAUUAUUGACGUUGACAGAUUUGACAGAAGUGAGAAGUCAAGCAGAUGACUGUAUUGAGUUGAGUAAUUGACGAGAAAUCUCUGAAAUCAAAGAAAAGAAUCUUUGAAAUCUGAACGAUGUUCUUUUCGUUGAUGGAAAUCAAAAUAAGGAGUAUAACUGGAUUGAGAAUCUAAAUUCCUACAGAAUACUUGCUACACAGUUUACAAAGAUGCGAGUGGAUAGAUUUUGAUUUUUAUGCAGAAAUAUAACUCUUCUCAACUCAACAUACACUCGUGUUAAAACUUUUUGUUUAGGAAACUAUCAACUCUACAUUUUGACUAACUAUAAUAUUGCGAUUAAUCUCCGAGGAUGUCGUUCAACCUUGGAUUUAUUGGUGGUGGCAAUAUGUCAACUGCUAUAGUCAAAGGCAUUUUGAAAACUGACACACACUCACCAUCAAAGAUAUGGGUAUCAGGACCGCGCUUGAAUAACCUGAAGCACUGGAGUGACCUAGGUGCUAAUAUUACAAACAAAAAUGGUGAAGUAUUCUGUAACUGUGAUGUGAUAUUUUUGGGUGUUAAGCCAGGCAUGCUUGAAGGCGCUGUCAAUGACUGUCUCCAAACAUUAACUACAACUAUGUCCUGUAAAAAGGUGCUUUUUGUUUCAAUGUUGGCCGGGAUAACUAUUGGGGACUUGCAAAAGGCUUUGAAGCAACUCUCCAAAGAUGUGAGUGUAAUACGGAUAAUGCCCAAUACUCCAAUGACUGUGGGGGAAGGUGCCUGUUUGUACACACCGGAUGACAGUGUGACGGAAGACCAGUGUAUUCUGGUGGAGAGGCUGCUCAGAAAUUGUGGCAUGUGUGAGAGGGUGCCAGAAUCUCUGAUAGAUUCCUUAGGCGCCUUAACAGGCUGUGGACCUGCAUUUGUAUACAUAAUAAUCGAAGCACUAGCAGAUGGCGCAGUGAAGCAGGGCGUUCCUCGCGCAUUAGCGUUACGCUUUGCGGCCCAAAUGGUGGCCGGCAGCGGUAAAAUGGUCUUACAGUCUGGGAAACACCCGGGGCUGCUGAAAGAUGAAGUCUGCUCUCCUGGAGGCUCUACUAUCUGUGGAGUUACUGCGCUUGAGGAAGGCAAAAUAAGGGCCACUUUGAUCAAUGCUGUACAGGCCUCUACGCUGAGAAAUAAGGAGUUGGGAAAGAAGUAGGAAAAGAGUCAGGCAACAACUUGAACUUUAUUAUACUUAAGUAGAAAAUUUAGAUAAGAAUGUACACUAUAUUUUUUAUUCAAUUGAGAAACUAGGUUAUUUAGAAUGGUUAGCCCUAGCCGGCAAUACAACACGAUAAUUAACUAUUUUAGUGCCAAGUUCCUUAAUUCUUGCCAACGGUUUUAGGCAGCGAAAGCGAUAACAAUUAUUUUUCUCAAACAUGUGUAAUUGUAUUCCCGACAUGUUUGUGUUGUUGUGUCUAAGCAUCGUCAUUUUUAAGUAAAACUCGAAUCUAUAGCUGCUAGCUAUAAGAAUCCUUUAAUUGGCUUUCCAUAUUUUAUUCAUUGGCGCUAUUUUGUACAUAGCUGUUGGAUCUCCGUAACUAAAAUAAAUAUUAGGCUGCAAAACAUCAUGUUACUGGCGCUUUAGCCAAGACGUGCCAGCCGUGGAUUUCCAACAGGGGUACAAAAUUGCCUGCCUGGGGCGGCAGUGACCAUGCAUUGCGCCAUAUAAGUUGAGCUUGAAGUGCUUGAUAGCAUUGUUGGUUUUGUGUUACGAAAAGGGCUGCCUUUUAUAUUAAUUUAUUACUCUACUGGUAAUUUCCUAUUUCUCAGCCUUUGCUUUAUGUAGCUUAGAAUAGGUACACAUUAAUUGGGUAAAUGUAGGAAUCUACUUCAGGCUAAUGGCUUAGUUUUCCGGCUACUAUACUAUGCAGGGGGGUCACCUCUCUCUGCAACUGACGGUACUAUUGUUGUAACUUGGUAACUGUUGGAAAUAAUCCUACAGCCCACUAUCCUAUUAACAUAUGUGAGAUCUAGUCAUUCAUUAUGGUAAAUUUGGUUACCGAAAGUAUUUGCAUGAUUACCUCAAUUUAUUUUUAACCAGUACGUACUGUAUAAAUAACUACAUGACUAACAUGACAAUUGCACAUGUGAAAGAUCUGAAAAAAAGUGAUUAUACUUUGUUUGUGAUGUUUA